UUAUCCAUCGAGCAAAUAUCAAAUCACAGCUUGGAAAGAAAGAAAGGAAUCAGAGAGAAAAUGGCGGAAGAGGGACAAGUGAUUAGCUGCCACACCGUUGAAGCUUGGAACAAUCAUCUCCAGCGGGAAAACGAGUCCAAGAAACUGGUGGUGGUGGAUUUCACGGCUUCAUGGUGUGGACCAUGCCGUUUCAUGGCCCCAAUUCUGGCAGAGUUUGCUAAGAAGAUGCCCAAUGUCACAUUCCUGAAGGUUGAUGUGGAUGAAUUGAAGACUGUGGCUGAGGAAUGGGCUGUGGAGGCCAUGCCAACCUUUUUGUUCCUCAAAGAAGGCAAAUUAGUGGACAAGGUUGUGGGUGCAAAGAAAGAGGAGUUGCAUCUUACUAUAGCAAAGCAUGCCAGUACUGCUGCUGCUUGAUUUGUAAUGUAGAGGAUAUAUGAACCUCAAUGCUAAUUUCUAGUUCGUCUUGGACGAACAGUGUGUAUUUAUGGGUCUUGUGGACGAUAUGUAGUAUCUGUGCGUAGCUCAUAUGUGCAUGUCUGCAGAGCUACAUGUUACCCUUUCCUAUAUUUGAAAUAAUAUAAAAUGCUUUUGGUGCAA